UCGUUUUGAGAUUUCGCGAUACUUCUACGAGAUCUACCGGCGUCAAACGAAAACAAAGCGAAAAAUAGAGAAAAAAUGCAAACUCCACAAAGAUACCCUCCUCCUGGUGCACCAAUGCGGUCCUAUCCACAGUCAGGAUAUUCCCCUGGCCCACCCAGGCCUGGAUACAGCCCUGCACCGGGUCACCCAGGAAUGGCCCCCAGGAUGGGAAUGCCGGUAACGCCCCAUGGUCCAGGAAUGUCACCCAUGCCAUAUGGAGGUCAAAGUUCAAAAUCCAAAGACUCAGGAAUAAGUCGGCCCGGGCCGGGAAUGCCUCCCCCGCCAAUGGGAAUGGGAACACCCAGUAUGGAGAGGAAACGACCUGCUGACUCGCGUGCAGCGCACAUGAAGGCUAAGAAGAAGAAGAAGCUGGCUGAUAAAAUACUUCCUCAGAGGGUACGUGACCUGGUUCCGGAGUCCCAGGCCUACAUGGACCUACUUGCGUUUGAGAGGAAGUUGGACGCAACCAUCACGAGGAAACGCCUUGACAUCCAGGAAGCGUUAAAACGGCCAAUGAAGCAAAAGAGAAAGUUGCGUAUCUUCAUCUCAAACACGUUUUACCCGUCAAAGCCUGCGGAAAACGAGGGUGAGGAGGAGUCAGUGCCAUCGUGGGAACUGAGGGUCGAAGGUCGACUACUGGAAGACGCUGCAAGUGCAAAGCUGAGCGAUACUGGAAAGAUGAAGAGAAAGUUUUCUUCCUUCUUCAAAAGCCUUGUGAUUGAGCUGGACAAGGAGCUGUAUGGUCCCGACAACCAUCUUGUAGAGUGGCAUCGCACUACAAACACCCAGGAAACAGAUGGAUUCCAGGUGAAACGUCCUGGUGACCAGAAUGUCCGAUGUACAGUGCUGCUGAUGCUGGAUUAUCAGCCAUCACAGUUUAAACUGGACCCUCGUCUCGCGCGCUUGCUUGGCGUCCACACACAGACACGUCCCGUCAUCAUCAAUGCGCUCUGGCAGUAUGUGAAGACACACAAAUUACAGGACCCGCACGAACGAGAGUUCAUCAACUGUGACAGAUAUUUGGAACAGAUCUUCGAGUGUAAACGUAUGAAGUUUGCCGAAAUUCCCGGAAAGCUACACACGUUACUCAUGCCACCUGACCCGAUCGUCAUCAACCAUGUGAUAACCGUCGAGGGUCCAGAUGCUAGGAAGACGGCCUGUUACGACAUUGAUGUAGAAGUGGAUGACACAUUGAAGCAGCAGAUGAACUCCUUCCUGCUCUCAACACAGAGUCAGAACGAGAUUGCUUCCCUUGAUAACAAGGUAUCAUGCCAUGGCAACCGUCCUGGCAAAAUCCAUGAGACAGUUGAGACGAUCAACCAGCUGAAGACAAACCGAGAAUUCUUCCUGAGUUUCUCUAAGGACCCACAGGAGUUCAUCAACAACUGGCUCAUCUCACAGACCAGGGAUCUUAAGACGAUGACGGAUGUCACAGGUAAUCCGGAAGAUGAACGUCACUCGGACUAUUACGCCCGACCGUGGUCCCAGGAGGCCGUGUGCAGAUACUUCUACGGAAAGGUGCAGCAGCGCAGAAUGGAAUUGGAGACUGCUCUGGGUAUCCGCAACACAUAAAGGGGGGUAACACAGUCAAGGGAGUCAAAUCAAAUAAGCAAAGAACCACCAAAGAGAGGGAACCUGAAUUGAAAUUCUACUGUGUUUAUAUGGCUAACCUCCCUUAUUGUUACACACUGCAGUGCAUUGUGAAACUGUGUUGUCAUGAGAACAGUGAGAUAGAAGAACAACUGUUGUAAUGUAAAGUGUGUAUGUUUUUUUAUUGAAGAGAAAUAUGACGUAUGUGUGUACAAUGCACACAAUAUGUGUUAUUGUAUUGGAAUGCAACUAAAGGCAUUUACUCAAUAGAAUGUUGCUUAAAAUGUGUUCAUUUUUGUCUGUUUAUAUUUUGUUUUAUUUUGAUGUUGCCUAUAAAGAUAAUUUUGACCAGAAUGGCCUGAUUUCCAAUAAAUAGAAUUAUCUGUUUCUUGUAUGAUGUAGAUCAUCAAUUUUGCAUUGAAAUCUGCCCAUGUAAGUCAAUGAUCUGGGAUAACAUCCUUAUUGGUUAGAGCUCCAACCUAUCACAUUUUGUAUAUAAACAUUUUUAUUCAUUUCCUGUCAUGUAGUCUAAAUGUUGUACCUUUGUCAUGUUAUUCCUUGAUUUCUUUAUGUCCAUGCUGAACUUAAUUAUUGAUAAAAGUCAAAAACGUGAACAACUUCAUGAAAUAAUGUCAUCUGAGUUCCUGAAUGUCUUUUUCUUAAAUAAAAUAAAUUCAUUUUGGAAUUAUAUGUAUGAUGAAAAAUGCCUUUCUAAAAUUGUAAUAAAAGAGCCCUAAGGAA